GGGUUAGAGAGGGGAAUGCCUCUUCUCCGCCCCGGUGCUCCCUGCAGCUGCCGAUCAAGUCUCCCGUCCGUCGCGGCCGAAGCCAAGUAGACUCCCGGCAGCGCCGACGACAAGAUCUGAGCCUCGGGAGAUCUUUUCAUUGGAGGUAUCGGAUAGACAGACACAGUUCUUCUCAUCAGAGCAGCAGCCUACCUAGGCAGGCUAUGCUAUAGAAAAUAUCUGAAGACACACAGGUACGCUGCCUGCUGUUCACCAUAGCUGUCUCAGCUCAGACUUGAGGAGCAAUGGCUGAGGCUGUGAUUCUCCUAGCAGUGACAAAGAUCGGUGUUGCUCUAGGGCAUGAAGCAAUGAGCCAGGCUAUUUCACAGUUCAGUAAUUUUAUUACACAGCUAACAGAGCUUCAAGGUAGCAUGAGCCGCAUCAGAAGGGAGCUCAGACUAAUUCAUGAAUAUCUUUGCCGAAUGGACAUACGGAAUUCGAACAAUCAGACAUAUGAAAUUUGGGUGGAGGAGGUGAGAAUGUUUGUGCAUGGGAUUGAGGACAUUGUGGACGAGUAUUUGCAUCUUGUUGGUCAGAAGCAUGACACUGGAUGGAGUACUUAUCUGAAGAAAGGAUUCAAACGACCAAAUGUUUUCUUCUCUCUAAACAGGUUAGCUUCUUUGGUUAAGGAAGCAGAGGUCAAUCUUGUGCACCUGUUUCAAGCUAAAGAUCGAUGGGUUUCGGUAAUAGCAACUGGGUAUAUGAGUGACUCAAGUUACAUUGUUGAGCAGUCCAAGUAUCUAGCAAACACUUCACGUUCCCUUGAUGAAGAAGAUCUUGUGGAGGUUGAUGAAAAUAAGGAAAAGCUCGAGCAAUGGUUGGCAGGUGAUGAGUUGGAACGCUCUGUGAUAGUGCUGCAUGGCAUGGGAGGGGUUGGUAAAACAACUUUGGCUGCAAAUGUCUACAGGAAGGUGAAAGAGAAUUUUGACUGCUACUCUUGGGUCUCCAUCUCUCAAACUUAUUCUAGAGAAGAUGUAUUGAGGAAUUUAAUCAAGGAGCUUUUCAGUGAUAAAGCCAGUGUUCCAUCUAAUAUUGAGACCAUGGACAUCUCAAGCCUUGAAGAGACACUGAAGAAUUUUUUAGAGCAACGUAAGUAUUUGAUCCUGAUGGAUGAUGUUUGGACUGCAGAAGCAUUUCUUGACUUGUCUGGAGUUUUUAUUCGUAACCUGAAGGGCAGCAGAGUGGUAAUCACAACAAGGGAAGGCAAUGUUGCUAGACUUGCUUCUCAACGAUAUGUCUUAACACUAAAGCCUCUAUCGAAGGAUGGGUCGUGGGAACUCUUCUGUAAGAUGGCUUUUCCCAGGGAUACAAACUAUGAGUGCCCUAUGGAACUGACAGAAUUUGCACAUGAACUAGUUAGCAAGUGUAAGGGCAUACCCCUCGCAAUUGUCUCUAUUGGCAGGCUACUCUUCAUACGUGACAAGACCAAGGAGGAACUGAAGCGAAUACAUGACCAGCUCGACUGGGAACUAAUUAACAAUCCAAGCCUGGAACAUGUCAGGAAUAUACUUUAUUUGAGUUACAUCUACCUUCCAACAUACUUGAAAAGUUGUUUCCUAUACUGCAGCCUAUUUCCAAAGUACUAUCUUUUGAAAAGGAAAAAGCUAAUACGGUUGUGGGUAGCAGAGGGGUUCAUCAAGAGUAGGGGUGAAAGCACAAUGGAGGAAGUGGCUGAAGGCUAUCUACAAGAGUUAGUUCACAGAAAUCUUCUUCAGAUUAAUGAAAGAAACUCAUCUGGUAGGAUAAAAUCAUUCCGGAUGCAUGAUUUUGUACGUGAGUUGGCGGUAGAUUUGUGUCACAGAGAAUGUUUCGGUGUUGUUUAUGAUGAGGAUAAAUAUACUGAAUCUAUUGAUGAGAGUGAUGCACGUCGACUGGUAAUACACAAACUAAAGAAGGAUAUAUAUCAGUCAGUGUCGGGUGUACACCGUCUUCGAUCUAUUAUCGCAUUGGACAUCAGUAUUCCAUCAUCCACUCUACUGCCUCUAGUAGUAGAGAAGUCCAGAUAUAUGUCAGUGCUGGAAUUAAGUGGCCUACCCAUCGAGAAGGUUCCAGAUGCUAUCGGAGAUCUCUUCAACCUCCGCUAUUUGGGUCUGCGUGGUUCAAAAGUGAAGCUCCUUCCCAAAUCUAUCGAGAAACUUUCAAAUUUAUUGACACUGGACCUUUCUGGAUCUUAUGUAAAGGAGCUCCCUAGAGGGAUUGGCAAACUGAAGAAGCUUAGGCAGAUAUUUUCUGACAAACCGAGCGAUCGGUUUAGGAGAGAUUUCCAGUGCGGAACCGGUGUAUGCAUCCCCAAGGGCCUUGAGAACCUGACAAACCUGCAGACACUGCUGUCAUUGGAAGCACAGGAUGAGUCUGUUAGACAAUUGGGGGAGCUGAGGCAACUAAGAAGCUUGGAGAUAUGGAAUGUGAAAGGAACCUACUGUGGAUGUGUCUGUGCUUCUCUAGCAGAGAUGCAAUAUCUGUCCUACCUGCAUGUGAAUGCAAGCGAUAACAAUGAGGUUCUUCGGUUGAAUGGCCUACCGCCAAACCUGAAAAGGCUAAGUUUGACUGGCCGGUUAGCGGAAGGCAUGUUGGAAGAGUCUCCUCUCUUCCAAACUGCGGGGCAGAACUUGUAUUCAUUAUCUAUAUCUUGGUCCCAGAUGACAGAAGACCCCUUACCAUUGUUUUCUCCAUUGAGAAAUUUGACUGACCUAAUGCUCACCAGAGUGUACAAUGGGAAGCAGAUGAUAUUUCUUGCUGGGUGGUUCCCCGAGCUAAAGAAUCUGAGAUUGAGAGACCUGCCAAAUCUGGAGGUGUUAGAGGUGAAGAAAGGUGCCAUGUUGAAGCUGGAAAUAUUAACACUAGUGAACCUUGAAAGCAUGGUGGAGGUUCCACCUGGCAUUGAAUUCCUCGCUCACGUCAAAUAUCUAUCAUUUCGGGAAAUCACCAAUGAGUUUUUGACGUUGCUGCGCCAGUGUCCUAGAACUCAAGGGAUGCAGUGGCGGCAUACUCUCCGACGGCAUUGACUCAACUGCAGAAUCCACUGUUUUGAACAUCAAUGAGUUUAUUUGAAUUAUAAGAAGUGGAUUAACGUUAAGCGGGUCAGGUAGCUGAUUCGAUCUUCCACCAAGGAAUGGAAAGUUCCUCUUGAAGAGGGGGAGACAGGAGUGCUGGAUCAACUCGAGGCUUGAGGCUUUGGCAACUCGCCGGGUCAAGGAGCCUCUGACUUUGUCACGGGGGUAAACCGAGUGGUGCUAAUCCGUGGAAAAUCUGUGAUGUUCACAACUCCCUGAAGCCUUGCCAGUUGUUACAAGAUCCGGGUGGUUACUGAAUAGCUGCACGUCUGGAGAUCGGGGCGUGGAAAUAAAGAAAAGCAGUGAGCUGCUGAUCUUUUGAUUGUCUCCUGAUAUUUGGAGCUUUCUGAAAUCCUGGGUUCUGUAUCUAGAUUCUAGACUAGAGGUUGCUUUUUCUUCGAACAUAACACUGCUGGAGUGUUUUUGUUCUGUUUUGCUUCUGAACUGGUAGUAUUU